AUCAGGCAGACUGUUCACGAGAUAAUCCGGCUGAAUGCUCACACCGGAACGAGGUUAGCAGGCAGCUCCGCGGGUGGGGAGAGCAGCGGUCUUACUGUCUCGCCCCUCAGCUUCAUUAACCGGAGCGUGUCCCGGACUCCACCCGCCCACGGGAACGCGCUCCUUUCUCCACGUGGCGCGACCAGCGCAGGUGCGCCUAGGGUGCAGCUCCGGGGAGGCCUGGUAGCCGCUGGCGAGGGGUGGGGGAGGGGGCAGCGGCAGCAGGCUGGGGCGGGCACGUCCAAACGGAGCUGAGCCGCGAUGGAAUUAGUCCCGCGACUGAAUAAGCCAGUGCAGACGGCAGAGCAGCCCCAGCAGAGGGGCAGUCCCGGUUUCCUGGCCUGCGCGCUUGCACCAUGGCCACCCGCGGGCUGAGCGAUAUCCCCCUGCUCCCUGGCUCGCCACGCCGUCUGUGCCCCCCGGCAGUGGUCAGAGGAGGCCAGGGCCCCAAACACGGACAGCAAUGCCUCCAGGUGCCGGGUCCCGGAGUUCGGGGUCUCCAGGGCGGUCUCACCCGACGUUCCAGCCAGGCGUCCGGUGGAGGGAGCUCCCCAAACAGCUCUGCGAGUACUGGGGUCAUCAACAACUAUCUGGAAGCCAGCGAGCCGCUGUCCUGGGAGCCCCGUCUGAGCCGCAUGCACUUCCACGACAACCAGAGGAAGGUCGACUACGUGCUCGUCUACCACUACCGGAAACGCGGGGCGCACCCCGGCCACGGCUCCCCUGGCCACUCGCCAGCGAUCGUCUCCAAUGGCGAGACGGGCAAGGACCCCGACGCGGGGGCUGCCGGUGACAUUGAGCUGGGGCCGUUCGACGCCCUGGAGGAGGAGAGGAAGGAGCAACGGGAGGAGUUUGAGCACAACCUGGUGGAGGCCGGGCUGGAGCUGGAGAAGGACUUGGAGAGUAAAAGCCAGGGCUCCGUCUUUGUCCGGAUCCAUGCCCCAUGGCAAGUGCUGGCCCGAGAGGCGGAAUUCCUGAAGAUCAAAGUCCCCACCAAGAAAACGUACGUGAUCAAGUCAGAAGGCAGCAUCGCGAAGACGUUCAACAAGAUCCUGCAGAAGCUGAGCGCACCCCUGAAGCCCCGAGUACCCGAGCACAGUAACAACAGGAUGAAAAACCUGUCCUAUCCGUUUUCCAGGGAGAAAAUGUACCUGUACAACAUCCAGGACAAGGACACCUUCUUUGAUAAUGCUACCCGUAGCCGCAUUGUACGCGAGAUCCUGAAGCGCACCGCCUGGUCUCGAGCCAACAACAUGAUGGGUAUUAAUUCUCUGAUAGCAAAUAAUAUCUACGAGGCUGCCUACCCCCUGCACGACGGUGAAUGUGAUAGUCCAGGGGAUGAUGUGAAUGACAGAAAGCUGCUGUAUCAAGAAUGGGCGCGCUAUAGGGUGUUUUAUAAGUUUCAACCUAUUGACCUCAUCAGAAAGUAUUUUGGAGAAAAAAUUGGACUGUACUUUGCCUGGCUGGGAUUAUAUACGUCCUUCCUCAUCCCGUCAUCCGUCAUCGGGGUCGUCGUGUUUCUUUAUGGAUGUGCAACGAUCGAGGAAGAUAUUCCCAGCAAAGAGAUGUGUGACCAACAGAAUGCCUUCACCAUGUGUCCCCUGUGUGACAAGUCCUGUGACUACUGGAACCUCAGCUCAGCCUGUGGAACGGCACAGGCCAGCCACCUGUUUGACAACCCUGCCACUGUCUUCUUCUCCAUCUUCAUGGCUCUGUGGGCUACCAUGUUUCUCGAAAACUGGAAGAGAUUACAGAUGCGACUGGGCUACUUCUGGGAUCUGACUGGCGUAGAAGAGGAAGAAGAGCACUCCCGGCCUGAGUAUGAAGCCAAAGUCCGGGAGAAAAUGCGGAGGGAGAGCGACAAGUCUCUGGUCCAGAAAUUGGGAACCGGUGGGACUGCGGAUGAGGAUGAUGCAGAUAAGCUGACCUGGAAAGAUCGUCUCCCGGGUUACUUGAUGAACUUCGCCUCCAUCUUGUUCAUGAUUGCCCUGACGUUCUCCAUUGUCUUUGGGGUCAUUGUCUAUCGCAUCACAACCGCUGCUGCUCUGUCUCUCAACAAGGCCACACGCUCCAACGUCCGGGUGACCGUGACAGCCACGGCGGUCAUCAUCAACCUCGUGGUCAUCCUCAUCCUGGAUGAGAUUUACGGCGCCAUGGCCAAGUGGCUCACCAAAAUCGAGGUUCCAAAAACAGAGCAGACAUUUGAAGAGCGCCUGAUACUCAAGGCUUUCUUGCUAAAGUUUGUCAAUGCCUACUCACCCAUCUUCUAUGUGGCCUUUUUCAAGGGGAGGUUUGUGGGCAGACCUGGAAGCUACGUUUAUGUGUUUGACGGUUACCGCAUGGAAGAGUGCGCCCCUGGGGGCUGCCUCAUGGAGCUGUGCAUUCAGCUCAGCAUCAUCAUGUUGGGGAAGCAGCUGAUCCAGAACAACAUCUUCGAAAUUGGAGUCCCGAAGCUAAAGAAACUAUUUCGGAAGAUGAAAGAUGAGACAGAGCCUGGAGCAGCUGACUCUGCCUGUUCAAAGCAUCCAAAGCAGUGGGAUCUAGACUACAGCUUGGAACCAUACACUGGACUGACGCCAGAGUACAUGGAAAUGAUCAUCCAGUUUGGUUUCGUCACCCUCUUUGUGGCCUCCUUUCCCCUGGCGCCGGCGUUCGCCCUCCUCAACAACGUCAUCGAAGUGCGGCUUGAUGCGAAGAAGUUCGUUGCGGAGCUGAGGCGGCCAGAUGCCGUGCGAACCAAAGACAUCGGGAUUUGGUUUGACAUCCUCUCGGGCAUCGGCAAGUUCUCCGUUAUCAUCAACGCUUUUGUCAUCGCGGUCACCUCUGACUUCAUCCCCCGCCUGGUGUAUCAAUACUCCUACAGUCACAACGGGACUCUGCACGGCUUUGUCAACCACACCCUCUCCUUUUUCAACGUCAGCCAGCUGAAGGAGGGAACACAGCCCGAGAACUCACAGUUUGACCAGGAGGUUCAGUUCUGCAGGUUUAAGGAUUACCGGGAGCCACCCUGGGCCCCGAACCCAUAUGAGUUUUCCAAGCAGUACUGGUCCGUUCUGUCUGCCCGUCUGGCUUUUGUCAUAAUCUUCCAGAACCUGGUGAUGUUCCUGAGCGUCCUUGUGGAUUGGAUGAUCCCUGACAUCCCCACCGACAUCAGUGACCAGAUCAAGAGUGAGAAGAGCCUAUUUGUGGACUCCUUCCUGAAAGAGGAGCACGAGAAGCUCAGGCUGAUGGAGGAGGCUGCCUGGAGGGGCCGGGGCCCCAGCCGUCGCAGCGGGAGGAGCCCGGCAGCCAGCCUAGUGCCCUCGGCCUGGAGCCAGCCGGGCAGCAGCGCGUCCUCGGGGUCCCAGCACACCAGCGUGUGACCAGCCGGGACCAGCACGGUGUCGUGUCCGUCCUUGCGCAGGAUCCGGCCUCAGGGGCCCUUGAGAAGGGCGUGUGUGUGUGUGUGUGUGUGGACAGAUUAUUAGCGACAGGAGGCAGAGGAUGGGCGCAGGAGGGAAGAGAAUGAUGCUGCUUUUCAGAAACUUCAAGCUUGGGUUUCUUUUAGGUCCUCUUUUGAGCUGUAUCCUUUGGGGGAUUGGUACCCGCUUUUGCACCCACUGGUGAAAGAACUGGGUCUCUCCAGCCCAGAGUCCCAGGCACCUCGAGCCCUGCCCUGUGCCCCCUCAGAUACCGUCCCCGAAUUUCGGUGGCCACAGGCCAUGAGAAGCACAGUCCGGGCCCUGUUUCAGCCCCAUCAUAAGUGAUCACCACCCCCCUUCCCACCAUCACCCUGAGAAAACCCUCUGCGUCACUGUCACAGCCUCAGUGGAUGCAAAUUAAGUUCCGUGACUGAUUGCUGUGGACCCAAUGGUGAGGAGCAAAGGUGCAGACCUGGGCUUGUCUCCAGUUCACGUCGUGGGGACGCUUUGAGCUAAAUGCAACUAGCCAUCAUUUUAUGCAGGUUCAGGUUUAAAAUAAUAAAUUGAAACAUUCUUCACAAAGACGCAUCUCCUUGUCUUCGGUUCUCUCUCCCUUGCUUCCUGCUGAUAUUUAUGGAGCCCCUGCUGGGUGCCAGGCAUUGUUCUCAGACUAGAGAUACAGCGGAGGACAAAAGACAAAAUCCCGCUUCGCGGAGUUAGGUUCUGGGGACAGUUAUGUCAGACAGUGAGCUGGUGAAUGCACAGCAUUUCAGACGAUCGUAAGAAAUAUGAAAUAGGAUAAGGGAG